AUGCCUGGUCUUACGUUGUGGACGAUCGCCAAGGGCAACAUCGGCAUUUCAUCGGCUCUGACCGUCGAUUCAAAGCUCGCAUCUCCAUCCGCGCUCUCGUCUUUUCUCGAGAUGUUCUCCUUCCCAUCGAUGGCGCGCGGCUUUGGCGCCCUCCUCAUCAUCACCACGGUCUCGGAGAUCAUGGCGGACCGCUCCACUUUCGAGGAGCAAGACUUCACGUGGCUCAUCGUCUGCGCGGGCUUCCUCGCGUUCGCCGCGGCGUUCGGCAUCGGCGCGAACGACGUCGCCAACUCCUACGCGACGUCCGUCGGGUCCAAGGCCAUCACGAUCAAGCAGGCCGUCGUGCUCGCGGCGAUCUUCGAGUUCCUCGGCGCGCUCCUCAUGGGCUCGUCCGUGUCCAAGACGAUGCGCAAGGGCAUCGCCGACGUCGAGUGCUUCGACGACAACCCGGGCCUCCUCAUCUACGGCAUGACGUGCGUCAUCCUCUCCGUCGCGAUCUGGCUCCUCCUCGCGAGCUACCUCGAGAUGCCCGUGUCGACGACGCACUCGUGCGUCGGCGGCAUCAUCGGCAUGACGCUCAUGGCCCGGGGGUCGCGGUGCAUCAUCUGGAACUACAACAAGAACGACCAGAAGGACCUGAAACCGCUGAGCUUCGACGACUUCCCCUGGCUCGACGGCGUCGCGGAGAUCGCCGUGUCGUGGCUGUUGUCGCCGAUCGCGUCGGGCCUCUGCGCGGCGGUGCUCUACGCGCUCACCAAGUACGUCAUCCUCGAGGGCCCGAACCCCUACCUCUUCGCCAAGGUCGCCUUCCCCGUCGUCGUCUUCAUCACCGUGGCCAUCAACACGUGCUUCAUCAUCAUCAAGGGCACGAAGGGCCAGCCGAAGCGCUUCGAGACGCAGCGCCUCGUGCGCGAGGCCGAGGACGGCAACCUGCUGCCGGCCAUCGAGGUCGGCUGCUACGUGGGCCUCGGCGCCGCGGGGCUCGCCGCGAUCCUCGGCGUGCCGCUCGCGCGGUCCAUCGACCGCGGCGAGGGCAUCGCGGACUUCACGGUGCGGGACGCCGCGCCCGCGGACCCCGAGGCGGCGGCGGCCCCCGCGCCCGGCGAGUCGUCGGCGUCGGCCUUCGACAAGAUGAAGGGCUACAUCGGCGCCCAGGUCACCAAGGACACGCACCGCGACGUCCAGCGCGUCGAGAAGGUCGCGUCGAUCCACAAGAACGCGAAGCUCCACGACGCCAAGGCCGAGUCCUUCUUCCGCUUCGUCCAGGUCUUCACGGCCAUCGUCGCGUCCUUCUCCCACGGCGCGAACGACGUCGCGAACGCCAUGGGCCCCUUCUCCGCGGCGUACGUCGCGUACAAGAAGGGCAAGGUCGUCCCCAAGCACGAGAUGGACCCGGACACGAUGAUGUGGAUCCUCGCCCUCGGCGGCGCGGGCAUCGUCGUGGGCCUCGCGACCUACGGCUACAAGAUCAUGAACGCGAUGGGCGUCAAGAUGAUCGCGAUCACGCCGUCCCGCGGCUACUGCAUCGAGCUCGGCGCGGCGCUCGUCGUCAUCUACGGCACGGCCCAGGGCUGGCCGCUGUCGACGACGCACUGCCAGGUCGGCGCCAUCGUCGCCGUGGGCCUCUUCGAGGGCACGGACGGCGUCAACCUCAAGCUCUUCGCGAAGACGUGCUUCGGCUGGAUCAUCACGCUCGUCGUCGUCGGCUGCUCCACGGCCGUCCUCGAGGACGAGGGAGGCAUGGCGGCGAUGGACGACGGCCGGUUCUUCAUCGACCGCGACGGCGACAUCUUCGGGCUCGUUCUGGAUUAUUUGCGAAGCGCGGGCGAGUCGGUUCCGCAGUUCGACCCGGAGACGCUCCGGCGGUUGCGCAUCGACGCCGACGCGCGACGCCGCGUCUUUUUGUUCUACGGGCUCGAGGACCUCGCGCGGCAAUGCGACGAGAACCUCGCGGCGCUCGAGCGGGAGCGCGGCCGCGAGAAGGAGCCCGUCGUCGUGCGCGUGCUCCAGCAGUCGAACGCGGCGGCCGCCGAGGAGGAGACGGACGCGCCGCCGAUGCCCCUGAAGCGGCGGCGCAGCGAGGCCGUCGAGGCGCUCGGCGAGGACGUCUUCGGCGCCGACGACUUCUGA